AUGCACCUGCUAACCGAGCACAAGGCUCCUCGAGCUCGCGGAAUGGGCCGAUCAGGACCCCGACGCCGCACGGGCUGUCUGACCUGCCGGGCACGUAAAGUCCGUUGCGACGAGACCAAACCCACGUGUGCCAAUUGCACGCGCCUGCGACUGCAAUGCACCUACAAAAGCACCAUUCAGACGGUCAUCCCGCGACAACGGCAUAACAGUCAAAGCUCAGGCACAGUCGCGAGCGCAGCAUCGGCCCCCACCAGCACCGCCUCAUCCGACCGUCCAGACGUGAACUUCUUCCACACCGUCCUCUGCAAUGACCGACUCUCAGCAUCGAAUUCAGGAUCCCCGCAGCAGGCGGGUCCCAGCAGUCGCCCUUCACAACAACACCAGCAACCCCUAGGUGCGGACAAUAUCACCUCAUUCGAUAUUCUCAGUUUCAUCGGCGAGAUCACCUCCGACUUCCAGCAGAAACACCUCGACUUGACCACGAAUGGACUGGCGGGGUUCCCAGCGGGCUCGGUUCCGGCGGCGAUCGCGAGCGAGGAACUCGAUCAGAAUGAACGGCCGAUCAGUUGGGACGCGGGCUCAGUUUCAGUCAUCCAUGGUGAUCGUUCAGAGUUGGGGUCUGCUUCGGAUACGAGCGGUGGUAGUAGUAGUAGUGGUCAUGGUCGGCUAACGUAUGAGGAUCGGUUGUUUGCACAUUUCGUGGACGGGGACCCGCCGCCUACGAUAUUUGGGCCGGUGGAUUUGGAAUGGGAGUAUGUGCGUGCUAAUGUUGUUGCACAGUCGCGCGAUAGUCGGGCGGUCUUACAUGGGAUUUACUGCUAUGCGGAGAUACAUGAGGCGUUGGUUGAGGGGAAAGCGUGGAAGCUGGCGUCGAGGUAUCAUCAGCUGGCGUGUUCGGAGGUUCAGUCGUGCUUGCUGGGUGAAGUAGAGGAGACGGUGCUGAAGAGGGUGUUUACUACGGUGUUAUUGUUGAUGCUGGCUGAGGUGAGUGUCUCGGAGCUGACGAAACAGCUCCUUUCUACCCCUGAUCUAUGGGGCUCAGGAACGUCCUUUCUCCACUCCGCAUAUCUCCUGCUGCAGCGGUUUCACCACCGAACCAAGUUGUGGACCGGUGUGAGCAGUGUUAUUGUGUCGUGGGUGUCAUUACUGGAUGUUAAAGCGCUGAUAGCUGGCCGUGAUGGCGAUCCGCUGAUUGAUUUGGGCAGCCUUUCAUCCAAGGCAAACACUACGUCUGAACUAGCCAUGGAAGACAAAUUGUUCGACAACAGCAGCGACGAGGAGCCACCGAAACCCGCAUACCUUAUGCGUGAAGCCAUCACGGGCCCGGCCUUUCGCUUCUUCCUACAAACGCAACAGGUCAUCCGACGAAUCGUGUGCAUCGACUUGCAUCACCGCAGUCGCGGGACUGUCAGUGACGAGUUUGAGGUGCUUCAGAUAGCACACCAGGUCGGGGCCGAUCUCGAGACGCUCUGGAAUCGGCGUCCACGCGUGCUGGACGUCUACAGUACGCCCGAGGACCUCUUCGAUACUCUACAGCCUGCUAUCGCGAUCGAAAUUUGCCGGACGUUCCGACAGUACAUCGCCAACUUCCUAGCGAUUUUUAUCUACCUACACCGGGUCGCGUUCGCCAUCUACCCUCGGACUGACCGAGUGCACCGCGCAGUGGAUCGGAUUAUUCAGUUGGCAACGGCGGAGGUGGAGUCUGGGAGCGACCAGCAACAUCUGCCCGCCAGCUUUGUAUGGCCGUUAUUUGUGGCCGGUCUUGAGGGAUCGAUGGAGCAGCGAAGAUGGAUUGUGAAAGAGAUGCAGCGGAUCACUGGCAGCUGUAGUAGUCGCUGUCAGGAUCCCGAGCGCAUCCGUGGAAGCUCCCGUACGGCGCGACAUCCGCAUGCGGGGAAAGCAUUGCUCCUGCUGGAGGAGAUGACGCGACGACAAGAUGCGUCGCGCACCUGGGCGGACUCGCGGUGCGUGCGGCGGGAGCUAUUUACUGAUUUCUUCGUCAUGAUCUAG